UUGCGAUUAGAGUUGACUGAAAGCGAGGGAGAGAGAGAGAGAGAGAGAGGGAGGGAGAGAGGCAGCGAGAGAGAAAAGAGAGAGAGACCUGCAUACAUAUCGUCUCCAGCAGCCUCCAGCUAGAAUUCGUCAGAUGUGAGAUCACACAGGAUUUACUUUCUACCCCCCACCCCCCUAAUCAUUUUUAUUUUUUAUUACCGGUCUGGUUUAGAGAACAUAUUCAAACUUUGAGGAGGGGAUACAAGCGUCUAUUCCGAACCCAUCUGCUCAGUGAAAGGUCCUCAUAUUCAACAAUGUGUGAACGGGGCAGCGUGGCCUCGCUGUGCCUGGUGGCUUGCUUGCUCAUUGCCCACAUCGUCCUGGGUGCCAAAAGCUCUGGGCAGGACAGUGAGCACAACACGACAGUGUUCACCAAGAUCCUAGACAGUCUUCUGGAUGGUUAUGACAACCGCCUGAGGCCAGGACUAGGAGAGCGUGUAACUGAAGUCAAGACUGACAUUUUCGUGACUAGUAUCGGGCCAGUUUCAGACCAUGACAUGGAGUACACCAUUGAUGUAUUCUUCAGACAGAGCUGGAAGGAUGAGAGGUUAAAGUUCAAGGGUCCCAUGGCCGUGCUGCGUCUCAACAACCUGAUGGCCAGCAAGAUCUGGACGCCCGACACGUUCUUUCAUAACGGCAAGAAGUCAGUGGCCCACAACAUGACCAUGCCCAACAAACUGCUGCGCAUCACGGAGGAAGGCACGCUGCUCUACACGAUGCGGCUGACUGUGCGAGCCGAAUGCCCCAUGCACCUUGAAGACUUCCCGAUGGACGCCCAUGCCUGUCCACUCAAGUUUGGCAGCUAUGCUUACACUCGAGCAGAAGUGGUGUACGUGUGGACCAAAGGGCCCGACCAGUCUGUGGUGGUGGCAGACGACGGUUCAAGGUUAAACCAGUAUGAUCUGAUGGGACAGAGUGUGGAUUCUGGAGUGGUGCAAUCCAGCACAGGCGAGUACGUUGUGAUGACGACCCACUUCCACCUGAAGAGGAAAAUUGGCUACUUUGUGAUCCAGACCUAUCUGCCCUGCAUCAUGACAGUCAUCCUCUCACAGGUGUCCUUCUGGCUCAACAGAGAGUCCGUCCCUGCUAGGACUGUCUUUGGAGUGACCACUGUCCUGACCAUGACCACCCUGAGUAUCAGCGCCAGGAAUUCUCUCCCCAAAGUGGCCUACGCCACCGCUAUGGAUUGGUUCAUCGCCGUGUGCUACGCCUUCGUCUUCUCGGCCCUCAUCGAGUUCGCCACAGUCAACUACUUCACCAAGAGGGGUUACGCCUGGGAUGGGAAAAGCGUGGUACCAGAGAAGCAAAAGAAGAAGAAGGAGUCCAUGCUGAAAAAGAACAACACAACAGCGUACCCGGCCGCCACUGCUACAGCCUUUGCUCCCAACAUUGCCAGGGACCCUGGAUUGGCCACCAUUGCCAAAAGCGCCCCUCCACCCCCGACUGAGCCCAAGGAGGAGCCAAAGCCCAAGCCCCCAGAGGCCAAGAAAACCUUUAACAGCGUGAGCAAGAUAGACAGGAUCGCCAGAAUAGCCUUCCCUCUGCUCUUUGGAACCUUUAACUUGGUCUACUGGGCCACCUACUUGAAUAAGAAGCCCAAACUGCAGGGGAUGACGCCACACUAAUCCACUGUUCGCUCCUUUGCAAUUCUACCCGUCUAAAACUUUCAUUUUCUUUGGUAUUCCUCAAAAGAGAAACAAACAAAAAAAAUGUGUUUAUUUUCAGACAAACAUGAUCUCCAUGAUGGUUUGAAUUCCCAGUCGUUGCAUUGCUUCUUUUUAUCUACAUUUUGAAGAUUUGGAGAAAACAACAUAGAAGAUUAAAAAAAAAAAAAAAAAAGAAGCGCAAGAGAUGCAGACUUUUAAAAGGGUGUUGUUCAGGUGUGGGGAUGAUGCUUUUAAGAAAAUGCUACCGUAAAUAUAUAGCCGAGAGGAGAAUGCUAUUCUUUGAGUACGCAGAGCCCAAUCUCGUCAUGGGCUUUUUCCUUUGUACAUUGUAUAUUUUCUUAUGUUGCGGGAUUGCAGCUCUAAUCCUUGCCGUGGGAGUCUCGAGAGUUAUGACCAUUUGAGGGAGGGAUAAAUAAAUAGAACAAAUGUGGAUUCGAUGAGGGAGACAGACCAACGAUUUCUUGCUUCUGUUGUGCAGACAGCAACGACUUGUAACUAACUGUCCGGUAUAUCUGCAACGUUGUAACCUAUGUUCAUCUCGGCAACACAGGCUUGGCAAAAGGACAAAGUGACAAAUGCGGUGACGCAAACUGUGCUGUCCGUUGUUCGAAACCACUCAAGUCAAGCCCGUCUCUCACGACGUUUGUUGUAGUAUUACCGUAGUAUCGCCGUAUUUCCGCAAAUAGUGUCUGAGGUUAUCUACUUCACGGCUGAUGAGGGGCGACAUCAUUUGAUAUGACACCACGUCAUCGAUAUAUUAAAGUCCAUGUCAAGUGAAAGUGGAGUUGAAAAACAAAAUGGACCGUUCUGAUGGAGAAAUGCUGAAAAACUCAGGCUCAAACAUGGAACCAUGGAUACACACACACAACACACACACACACACACACAACUUUGUGGACCGAUCACACGUUAAGUCGACCGGAAAGCUACUCUCCGUUCAAGAAGAUUCCACCUGACGUUGGCUCAUCAUAAAACACUGCACAGGGAACACGCUUACAACAUACGGUAAUACGCCACCUUUUAGUUAAUCCGAGAUACUGUUUAUGUGAUUCGGUAGGUGCUGCUGUUUUGGUUCACAACAGAGUUCAAACUCGCUCGGCGGUUGACUUUUUAAAGUCUGUCUUUAUACUUGUAAGAGGGCCAUUAUUGGAGGAAAUGUGUUACCAGACGUUGAAGCUGUCCAAUCAACGGUGUGUACUCCGCCCAACUUGUAAUCUUUUAUUCAAAGUACAACUUUGAAAGUACAACUGCUUUUGCAUUGGAUGUUAAUAUGAAGAGUACUGCCAAAAUAUUUCAUUUCAGUAGUUUGUGCCAAAACGCCCAACAGUGGCCAAAAAAAUCAAUACCGUACUUUCCGCACUAUAAGGCGCUUCGGAGUAUAAGGCUCAACUUCCAGGAAUGGCCUAUUUUAAAACGGUUUUCAUAUCCAAGGUGCACCAUAGAAAGCGCAUAGAAUAGAAGAUACAAUAAUGGCUGAGUUUGCGUUAUUCAUCCACGAGAUAGAGCUACGCUAAAGGGAAUACAAAACAGUUUUAUUUAUAAAGCACUGUCAUCACCGCUGCAGCUGUAGCAAAGUGAUUCACAGAACAUUCCCAAUAUUUUGCCCUAGAAAUAAGAAUAUUGAUCCAUUUAUAAGGCGAAUCAGAUAAGGCGCAUUGACGACUUUUGAGAAAAUGGAAUGUUUUUAGGUGUGCCAUAUAGUGCGGAAAAUACGGUAUUUGACUGUUCUUAUCAUACCUAGAAACUAGUGUGGAAGGUUCGGCCAUAGUUAAACCCAAUAUUAUUCAGACACGGCUCAAGUUUUGAAGCUAAAUGAAUUAUUGGUUUUAUUAAUUAUUGGCAGGUUGCAGCCAUUGUCCUAUUCAAGAAUGCAUUCUCUUUUUAGUCUAUUGAUGGUCAUAAUUCCUAUCGACACACAAACGUACAAUUUGUAUGACUUUAAAGGCUUGGGCCCCAAAGCUUCCAUUUGCACCUGAAACAAACCAGCCCGUUUGUAUUUUAUUUACUUCUUGACGUUGGCUUUAGCGCAAACAAGACAAACAGCACGCGCGUAUAUGCAUGGGCAGGACAUCCUCAAAACCACGUCACGAUUACACAGACCGCCGGCUUUUGUUUCUUUGCUCAAAAGAUAUCCAUCAGCCGUUCUUCGAAAUAAGUUGGGAUUUCUGCAAUAGCAAUAAACACACGUCUCAGUGGACCCACCGAUCAUUGCUCGCCGAAAAUAGAGUAAGAAAACAAAAUCAAUCUCUGCUUCGAAAUGAAAAUGAUAGAGUAUUUUAUUUGUCACAGUCUUUGUAAAUAUUAUCAGAUGUUAGAGAUGUCAAUAUUACACCGGGGUAACUAAAGGGUAAGUUUAAAAGAAUACUUGGAUGAGUCACUUUGCGUUCUAUGACAUGGUCUGUUUUGUGUUGUUGGGAGUGUUUUUCUUUUUUUUUUUGCCAAAUUUUGUGUACGGACCUCACUUUUUUUUCUUUGGUUCACGCAGAUGAAAAACGGUGUAAAAAGUGAAGAAUGUAAUGAAUCGUUUUCAAACCUUUGUUACAUUUUAGUUAUGUACAAUCAUUACUUCCUGUUUUGGCUAUUAUAAGGUGGUGGGGGAGGGGGUUGUCUGCCAUAAAAUGGCGUUGAACGCAAAGCCAAGUUGGGUAUAAUUUAACGGAGCGGCGAGGCACAUUGCAGAGGAGAAGUGCCUUUUCGAUACUUUCAGAGUGUGAUGAUGGCUUUGCUGUUUGAUGGCACACGAUGCGUUUUGUGACCCACUGUGAGCCCCAAAUCUUUUUGGAUUUCUUUAUCGUUUCUGUAUUUUGAUUUAUUUUUGCCAUGUUCGUUUUUUGAGCUGAAAGUUGUCAAUGCUCAGAAAGUACCAGCUACACUGCCUUCAGUAUCAGAUGCCCUUUUAGAAUCGAUUUGUUGCUGCUGUGUCGGUGAGAGAGAAAGGGAGGGGGAGGGAUGGGGUGCUUGGGGUGUUUGGGGUAAGAGCCAGAAGACGACAUUGCGGUGUGACAUCAUAAUCUUACAUCUUACCUUUACCCAAGUCGGUACUGAGGACUUGAGUCAUUCUAUGAAAAUGAAUUCGUUUUCGUAGCAUGAUGUCAGCCCCUCUUCUGGGAAAGAAAAAUAACAGAAAGGUGACCGGCUCGUGUUUUAUUUUGUUUGUUUGUCUGUUUGUUUUUGUCUUGAACGUUGCUCAUGCUUUUUAAAAUAUUUUUAUUAUUUCAAAUACGAACAAUUCCUCGGCCGUGGCCCGUCAAGCUUUCGUAACAGCCCAGUUUUAAUUCUGUUAAUGUAGCAAUAUUACUUAGCAAGGGCUUUUCUCAAACCUCAGCUUGAAAUUUAGUGAGGGUUUGAUUGCUAGCGUAGCUUUACGUCAAUUCCUAUUGUCGUUUGUAUGCUGCAAAUCUCUCUUUCCUUUUUGUGUUCAGACCAAGGUUUCAUUUUUGGUGUCUACACUGAGAUGAAAUGCAUUUGUCACUUCCUGCAAGCUAUGACAGUUCCCACUCACUUGUAAUUGAAUUUAUUUAAAGCGAUUUCCAUUGUAUUAGAUUUUUUUUUUUUUUACAAAUUGGAUUUUACGCUGCUUAUUAUUUUACAUUAUUUUCAGCACACACUAUUUUUAUCUAUUUAUUUAUUUAAAAGUAUUUAUUUAUAUUUAUUCUUUCGAUCCAUUUUAAUAUGUUUGUGCGUUGCUUUUGUUUUUCCUGUCAAAGCGCGGAUGAGGUCACAAUCUAUAAUGCGGGUUUAUACUUUUCUUAUGAUUUGCAUGAUCAGGAUCACCGGUACUGAACAUGUCUCGAAUAGGCCGUUUAUAAGCGGAGGGGUGAAGGAAAUACAAAGUUCAGGGUGAAGAGUUGUACACAGAGAGGAUAUGAAUAAACUAUUGUAGGUAUGUUGAUAAUGAUGAAGGAAAUCCUAUAUAUAAAUAUAUACAUAUAUAAAUAUAUACAUAUGUAAAAUACAUGACGCAUACAGUAUUUGAUUCUAUUACGGAAGAUAUUAGCUCAAACUGAUGAAUAUUGUUUGUAUUCUCAACCUAUUGUUAUGCAUUUUGCACAUUUAGAUGAAGAAUAACAUUACUUGUAUGUAGUCGGCAUCGUGCUAUGCAAGGACAGCUUUGAACCACCGAUCAAUGACCGCGUCUCCAUUGUGUUUCAGAUUUACAAGCUAUUAAAAGGAGGAAAAAAAGGACGCUUAGCUUUUUUUUUUUUUUUUAUCACAACUGUGCACCCAUUCACUUUUUCUUUUGUUUUUUAAUGAAACCAUGGUUAUACAGGGUGACAUCAAAGAAAAACAGUGGAUUAUCUCUUGUUUGUGCUUUGGAUUUGUCAGUGCUUCAAGAGAAAAUGGCUUUCAUUGUUGAUUGCACUUUUUCUCCGGGGUCAUGCAAUAAAAGGCGCAAGAUGGAAAAAAAAAACUAAAAAAAGAAAAAGAGCAAAACAGUAAGACGUUGUUUGAAAAAGUGAGGGAGCGAGUUCCUAUUGGCAGCAGACUGAAAAGAAAUUUCCAGUGCUACUUUCUAGGCAAGUCAGGUUUUGCUCCAUUUUGAAGCUCCUUCAAGAGAAUGUGAAACAUGAGCUACAGUGCAAUCAUACGCUUCCGACUUUGAUCUCGUCUCACUCAUUUGCAUAACUUACCAUGUAUAUAUCACAUUUGUUACUUGUCAUAAACAUUUGUUUGGUUGGUUGGUUUGAUUUUUGUUUUAAAAGGCCAAUGAUCAUCAGCACUUGCUUUUCAACAACAGGUCUUUUUGUUCUUACUAGAUAUCUACUGAAGUUUUUUUUUUCCGUGUUCUAAUUUUCACUGAAAAACUAACAAUGGAAAAAAAACAAAAACAUUUUCUAAAGCACAAACGACGUGGAUAUGAGGAGAGUAUGGACAACGGAUGGACACUAUUGACUCCACUGGGAUGUGUUGCGACAGGGUUCUGAUGGGUGUAGAUGAAGUGGUGAACCUCCUGUAAAUGUUUUCGUUUGUUUCUUUUGGUUAUGAUAUGGCCCUGUAGAUUCUGAUUCACUGCAUUAGUCUUUAAAUAAAAAGGAAACAAAUGA